CAUCAUCACCAAAUAAUGACCGAGGAGCCUCACACAGUCACACAUCCGGCAUUCCCUGUUUCCGUUGCUGUGUCGCACUCGCACGCCUCGUGCUCGUGCUCCCUCCGCCUUCCUUCCCUUCCACCGUUUGCUCUGCGUGGCCGCGUCUCCCCAGAUCGCAAUUCGCAAGAAACGAACCCCGCCCGCAACCCACCCUCUCACCGCGGCAUUUCCUCGAACGCCCCGCGCGUGCCGCGCCCCUCGCCGCCCAUGGGCUCCCUCCCGGUGCCAGCCUCGGCGGAAUGCGCCCCGCAGGGGCGCGCCACGGUGUCGGCGUCGGACCUGGCGCCGCUCUUCUCCGCGCAGCGCCGGCACCUGGACCACUUCUUCGACAGCCUCGACAUGUCGCAGGCGGCGGCGUUCGCGCAGGCGCUGAUCGACGCGCCGGGCGCCGUCUUCUUCACGGGCGUCGGCAAGUCGGGCAUCGUGGCGUGCAAGAUCGCGCAGACGCUGGCGUCGCUGGGCUUCGCGAGGGCGGGGUUCCUGGCCCCCGUCGACGCGCUCCACGGCGACAUCGGCGCGCUCUUCCCCGGGGACGUCCUCGUGCUCAUCUCCAAGUCCGGAGCCUCCGACGAGCUGCUCGCGCUCGCGCCCUGCGCGCGCGCCAAGGGCGCCUACCUCAUCUCGCUCACCUCCGCGGCCUCGGGGGCUGAAUGCCCGCUCGCCGCGGCCUGCGACCUCAACGUCCACCUGCCGCUGCAGGGAGAGGUGUGCCCCUUCGGCCUCGCGCCCGUCACCUCCACCGCCAUCCAGAUGGUGUUUGGGGACACCGUCAUCGCCGCCAUCAUGGAGGCAAGGCGACUCUCCAGGGACCAGUACGCCUCCAACCAUCCCGCUGGCAAGAUCGGCAAGACCCUCAUCUUCAAGGUUAAGGAUGUUAUGAAGAAACAGAAUGAACUUCCUCUGUGCAAGGAGGGAGAUAUGAUAAUGGAGCAACUCACUGAGCUCACCAGUAAAGGUUGUGGUUGUUUGCUUGUGGUUGAUGAAGAGCAUCAUUUGAUUGGGACCUUCACUGAUGGUGAUCUCCGGCGGACAUUGAAGGCAAGCGGGCCAGCUAUCUUCAGUCUCACAGUUGGAGAGAUGUGCAACAGGAAUCCAAGAACAAUAACUGCGGAGGCAAUGGCAGUUGAAGCCAUGGAGAAGAUGGAGUCACCUCCUUCACCUGUACAGUUCUUGCCUGUUAUCAACGAUAACAACAUCGUGUGUGGGAUCAUCACAUUGCAUGGAUUGGUCUCUGCCGGAUUGUAGACUUUUGUGCAUCAUCGACUUCUGCUGGAUUGUAAGCUUAUGUGCCAGCUUACCGGGUUCUAAACUUCUAGUUGCAGUUGCAGAUAUCCUUGCUGCCCAGGAGGCAUUUUAUUGCUAGAGUAUUUAUGUGAAGCCUAGACUCUUUAGUGUACCCUUAUGUAUAGUGGUGGAUAAGAGGAAUAUGGUACACUGCUGUUUUGCAGUUGGCUGUUAAAUAAUGCUUGUGUUUUGUACAUAACUUAUUUAAAAUGUCGAUUAUCUUGGUUUCUCUUAA